AUGUCAGGGAGCGUUCUAUUAAAAUCAGAGUUCGGCAGCGGAAUCCAUAACGAUAGUGCGGGUAUUGGCUACUUGAAUAUGGAAGAUGAUGAUUCGGAUAACGAACUUUGGCUGGUGCUCUCACGUCCUCUAAAUUCUAUGAAAUCUUUCGAAAUAAAAGACUUGGAGGAUGAAACCUAG